AUGCCGAGCGAUUCUACCCCGAAAUACCACCAAAAGGUGUAUCCUAAUUUUAGCUUGAAGAACAAAGUAUACAUCGUUACCGGGGGCGGUAGAGGCUUAGGCCUUGUGAUUGCAGAGGCAAUGACUGAGGCGGGAGCCGAGGUUCAUUGCUUUGAUGUACUGCCCGAGCCCGAUUCAGAGUUCUAUGUAUCCCAGGAAAUCGCAAACACUGACCAUAUUGGCUCGCUACACUACCACCAUGUUGACGUCCGUGAUUUGAAACAUCUCGAGGAAGCGGUUGAUCGGGUCGCGGGCCAUUCCGGUCGGAUUGACGGCCUUGUGGCUGCUGCUGGAAUUCAGCAGCUCAAAGAUGCAAUUGACUUCACCCCGGAAGAUGUUACCAGGAUGUUGGAUGUGAACUACACCGGACUGUUCAUGACGGUUCAGGCAGUUGCUCGACAUAUGAUAGAAUCAGGGACCCGAGGCUCGAUAGUCCUCGUUGCUAGCAUGAGCGGCUUCGUAGCAAACAAGGGCCUUCAUUCAGCCACUUACAACUCUUCCAAGGCGGCGGUCAUCCAGCUUGGCCGCAAUCUGGCAAUGGAAUGGGGUCCAAAGGGUAUCCGUGUGAAUUCUCUCUGUCCUGGACACAUCAUCACUCCUAUGGUCGAGAAAAACUUCGAAGAAGUUCCAGAGCUCAAGGAGAUUUGGAUAAAGGAGAGUAUGUUAGGCCGACUAGCUCGACCUGAAGAGUUUACUGGAGCGGUUGUUUUCAUGCUGAGUGAGGCUAGUAGCUAUAUGACCGGCAGCUCGCUCGUGAUGGACGGUGGCCAUACAGCCUGGUAA